UUUUUAGAUGCUUUUGACAGAGUAGAGUGCUUGAGUCAUUUUCUCAAAUUUUUUUUGUGUUAUGAAGACUACAACGAAAUAAGAAAAAAUAUUUUUAUGCUCCGAAAGUGCGUUCAAAGUACGAAAAACAAGCAUAAAAACCAAGUGAACGGAAAACAUUGCCGUAUCCCAGAGUGAUUAAAUUUACAAACACCAAAACAAUGGUUUCGGGACAGGACAGUAACGCAAUUUCCAGAUUAUUAUCAAAGUACAACAAUGGUGCGGAAACCAAACGUGAUGUGGUGCAAAUAUUGGAUAUGUACCGCGGUCUAACCUAUGCCAGUGAAUGUUACGUGUUCAACGACGGCACAUCGGACAAUUUGUUCAACAUAAACGGAACGAUACCCAUUAACUACAAAAAUAACACUUACAAUAUACCGAUAUGCAUUUGGUUAAUGAGUACUCAUCCAAGCAACGCACCAAUUUGCUAUGUUAAACCAACGCCUGAUAUGCGAAUCAAAGUGUCAAGAUUCGUCGAUCACAACGGCAAAAUUUAUCUACCUUAUCUGCAUGAUUGGAAUGGGACUGACUCUGAUUUGAUAGGAUUGGUCCAGGUAAUGAUAAUGACGUUUAGUGAUUCACCACCUCUAUACUCAAAACCAAAAGAAACGGCAACGCCAUAUCCAGUACAACAAAGUUAUAUGCCACAACCUGGCGGAGGUGCGGGUAGUUCGUAUCCACCGUAUCCAGUUGCUGGUUCCAACUUUCCACCAUAUCCAGCAAAUAAUUAUCCGGGUUAUCCGCCUGCUGCGGGGAAUUUUUCAUCGAGUCCUGGAUAUCCACCGUACAUGCCGAACCCAUCUGGUUAUCCGCCAGUGUCAGGUUACAAUACUAAUACCGAUACUAGUGGAACUGGUACCAUAACCGAACAACACAUUAAGGCAUCGCUAAUUAGUGCCGUUCAAGACAAAUUACGCAGACGAAUCACCGAGCGUGUGAAUCAAUGUCAAGCCGAAAUCGAAACGUUAAAUCGAACAAAAAUGGAACUGUCUCAAGGCCGAGCGAAAAUUGAUUCGAACAUCUCGAAACUGGAGCAGGAAGAGAGUGAGCUGAAAGCAAAUAUAACCGUCCUACAAGACAAGCAACAGUCGUUGGAAAAGUCGUUGGAGUCGAUAGAUCAGGAGAAUGGAAUUGAUGUAGAUGAAGCAGUUACCACAACGGCACCAUUGUACAAGCAACUUUUGAACGCAUACGCUGACGAAGCGGCUACUGAAGAUGCCAUUUAUUACAUGGGUGAAGCAUUGCGUAACGGAGUCAUUGAUCUGGAUUUAUUCUUGAAGCAGGUGCGUCAAUUGUCGCGUAAACAGUUCAUGCUUAGAGCCUUGAUGCAAAAGUGUCGUCAAAAAGCAGGAUUGGCCGGCUAAAUGAAUUACGCGAACAAUUGAACUAUUUACUCACAAUUUUUUUUUUUUGAGCUGUACAAGCAUUACAUAUUGAAAACGAAAAUAUAUUUUGGAAUUGCCAUAAGUG